UGUCAUUCUUGUGACGCGGGAAGACCAGCUCCCCCCCCCCGCCCGGGCGUCCGCCAGGUCAGAGUUAAAGGGGAUGAUGUCAUGAGCGGCCGGCGGUCCUUCAGUCUGAAGUCGUUCUUGUUUGUGGCCGAGUCGGUGGCUGGCGGUCCGGAGUCAUUGGAGGUCCGCGUCCCCGAGGUACUUGAUCCUCAAUAUGGCCUAUACAUAUGGCCAUGUUCAGUGGUUCUGGCACAAUAUGUGUGGUUUUACAAAAGCACAGUGAAAGGAAAGACCAUAUUAGAGAUUGGAGCUGGUGCAAGCUUACCUGGUAUUAUUGCAGCAAAAUGCGGUGCUAGAGUAAUUUUAUCGGAUUGUGCAGAGUUUCAGAAUUGCUUGGAUAACUGUCGGCGAAGCUGCCAGGUCAAUAAUCUUCAAGAUGUGUCUGUCAUUGGUCUAACAUGGGGACAAAUAUCUCCUGAUCUGGUGCAGUUGCCACAAAUAGACAUUAUUCUGGGAUCUGAUGUGUUUUAUGAACCUGAAGACUUUGAGGAUAUAUUAACAACUAUUUUCUACUUGAUGCAAAAAAAUCCACAUGCGCUUUUCUGGACCACUUAUCAGGAAAGGAGUGCUGAUUGGUCAAUUGAAGCAUUGCUGUACAAAUGGAACUUGAAGUGCGCUCACAUCCAACUAGAGACAUUUAGUGCAGAUGAAGAACACCUUGCAGGAUCAGCUCUACCUGGAAGUCACACCAUUCACAUGAUGAUUAUUACAUUAAAGACUAACAUUACUCAGUAACCUAAAGCUUCUCCUGUGCUUUCCUCAUGGUUAAGAGGAUUGCAGUUUCCUUCACAGCCAUCCUGUUUCCCAUUCAAUUAUUUGCAGGGGCCAUUUUAAAGGAACAAAUCUCAUCAUCUUUCAAAGAAAAAACUUGCUUUAUGUUCAUGUCUAUUUCAAACCAAAGCUGCAAAAUCAAAAUUUAUCUUCAAUUGCAUUUUAAAACUUUGUGGUGUUCUAAAUAUUCCUGUUUAGCCUUGAAGCUACAGGAAUUAACAAUGUGGUAUUAUGAUUAAAAUACGUAGGAUCAUGGCAGACACUUGGUUUCAAUCAUUUUAUGUGUGUUCAAUGCUGCCCCUUGCACUACUCUGGUCUUGGGUAUGUUAGGACUGAUCAAUGUUGCUCAAGAGCUCUGUUUACAUUAGAUUGGAGGAUUUAAGCCCAAGAAUCAGAUAAUUGGGUAACACUAUAAACCGUUGAAGCACAUGCAAUCUUUCAGCAGUGUGCUUCAAAUCUAGCACUUAUAAAAUUAGUUUUGUUAACAAUAAAUAACAUGUUGCUAAUGAAUUCUGAAUGUAGUCCAAGUAUCUGAUCCAGGGUUGUGAUAGGCAGCAAAGUUGUUCUCUGGAUCAGUGCAUUGUAACCAAUUAUUCUGAAAACUAGAGUAUUUAAAUACUACUUUGGACUAAAAAAAAUGGAGUAGUGAAUUUACUCCAUUUAAACAGCUGACACAAACAAUGCAAAAAUAAAACAAAGAAUUCCCUAGAAAAAUGCAGCAAGACUUAAAUUCAGCAAACAAGUCUGUCAGUGGAAUUCUCAUCAUUCUGCUUGCAGCAAUGUCACCAUGUGGAGCCUUCAUGAUAUUACAAGCACUUGAAAUGCAGACAUUAUUAAAUGUUUCUGUUUAAAGACCACCUUGGUCUUUCCCAGUUCAUUGAAAUAACUUCUAGAGCAUUGUUGUCCCAGUGUCUGUUUAGUAACAGUUCUUUCUUGGCAGGUCUAAGUAGUGUAUACAACAAUUUAUGGAGAAAUCUCUUGCCACAUAAAAUGUCACUGCUUUGAAUCAAGGUGUCUCUGCCAUUAAUAACGAAUAAAAUAAACAUGCCCCAUUGACCAGGCUACAAUCUGCAAUCUCUUAUAAAGUUUGAACUCCAUCUAAAGUGACAGAACACAUUAAAUUUAACAGCACCCAAGGGCAGUAUGAAAUAAAGGCUAUUGUAAGCUUUUCUUAAGAUGCUUCCCAAGAACUUAAACAGAAGUGUCCGUAUGGCCUUGAUUUCAAUCUCCCAUUUAACAAGUUCCAGGUUAACUAUCUAAUUUUCCUUCCCUUUUCUGCCCUGUCCAGCAUGUAAACCACCAAAUUACAUUAUUAGUGACAUUUGAAAUUACCAUAGUUACAUAAAGUAGGUGGAUUUUUGUGAAAUGACUCAGUAAAAAAAAAGCUGCCAUCUUAAUUCUUUCAUUGCAGAAUUUUAUGGGAUCAUUUUAAUUUCAUGCAUGUAAUAUGCUAAGUAGUUAAAAGUAAACUGGAAUACCCUGUGUCUUGCAAUUUAUUUUAACCAAAGGCCACCUAUAACCAGCAAGAAUAUUCUGAUUAUUUCAUGCUCCAAAAUUAGUUUGUUAUAUUUUGCAUGUGGACAUGUGGAGUGUAUGGCUUGGGUCAUAAGUUUUCUAUGCUUAAGGCCCCAGUGCUUUCAGCAACCCUUUUUCCAUAACUCCUCUCAAAUUACUGCUUCCAGCCAGUUGGCAGAGUCAGUUUCAGGGAGGCAGUUAACGAAGUAGCACUUGAUUGAAGGCAGCCCAAAAGACAAUGCCUCAGAUCUCAAGUCUGAGUAACACUAAUUACAAUAAUUAAUACACCACUGAUUCAUUCCCAAGAUACCAACUAGGAGUACAGGAGACACUGGAAUACCCAUUCCACCAUAUCAACCCGCAGCCCUCAUAAUGUACCACUGGCUGUUAUGUUACUCAAUUUUUGGUGUCUGUACAUUAAAACAUUAGUUAUAUACGAUGCACAUACUGAUUCCAUUGAGUUACAAAUUAUAUGGAACUUGCCUAAUUUAAAAACAAUGAAUGCACAAUAUUACAGCUGCUAUUUUAUCCUCAGAAGCAAAAAUUGAGGUGGUUGUGUCCUGUACUCUUAGUAGCAUCAUAUUGCCUUGAUAUUGAUAUUUCCAUCACUCUCAUUACUACUUUUCUCCCCACCGUGAAAUCUUUCCCAGUCACCAAGAA